AUGAGCACAAGUUAAACUUCAAGAAGAGCAAGGAAGCGUGUUUAAGUUACAUUCAGGAUGCCAUGCUACAGAAGCAGUGGAAAAGGGCUGCAGAGUUUCUGACCUUCUAUAUUGAGUCACUAGAGAAGGAUUAUUCCAGAGAACACGUGGGUCCAUCAGAGAUGAUUUGGAGAAUAGGAACUGAAAUUUUGUGCCAUCAUUCCCAUAGCAACAUAAAAGAGUUCAACUCUUUCAUGGAACAGAUGAAGACUUUAGGAAUAAAAAGGUAUUUGAAGGUUUGCCUAGAGCAUGCCUUUCACCUCCUUUGUAAUGGACUCGUAGAUGAAGCUUACCAAAACCUGUCCCUGGCAGAAAGCUGGAGGUUUGGAGAACAAACUGUCAUUCAGGAUAGAGAAAUGAAACUCAUUCAGGCUUACAGGGGACUGUUGGACUACUAUAAGUGGUCUAAGCAGAAGAACAUCUUGUUAGAGCACGAUCAGGAUGGAUUUGAAGACUUGGCUGUUGAACAGGAAAUGCACAGUUGCUUUCGGAAUGCAGCAGUGAACUUAAAGGAGAUUAUUAAGAUACCUGGAGUUUGGGAUCAAUUUGUAAAAUGCUACGUGGAUUUGUUGGAGUUCUAUGGAGACCAUAACGAAGCCCGCCAAAUAUUACAUGAGUAUGCCUACAACUCAAAGUUUCCUGCUAAUCCCAAUGCUCAUGUUUACCUCUAUCAGUUCCUGAAGAGGCAAGGUGAAUCAAAGAAAUCACUCUUAUCUGCACUGAAGAACUUGCAUGAUACUGUUCCUUCUCAUGAACUGAUGAUAGAUUUUCACCUCAUGCUUCAAAAAUCAAAGAAGAGGAAAAAACGUCGACUGGGGUUAGAAGUUAUUUUUGCAGCCUUGGAUUAUGCUGGCUGGAAGGAGAAUGUGAAAGCAUGGAGCUGUUUGGCAAAGCAGCUGAAACAGCUUGUGAUCUCUGAGAAGCAUCUCGACUGGCUCAAGCAAGAGUGGAGCUCCAGAAAGGACUGGUGGCCAGCCUUCCAUUUUAGCCAUUACUUGGGAAAAAGGAAUUGGCAAGAAAAUCAAAGCCUUUCCUACGAAAAAGCUCUGGUGGCUGGAAUCUUACUGGGCAAGGAUGGCAAGUACUUUAAAUACGUAUCCCACCAAGGCUGCAAAGCUCACGUGAAAAGGUUUCGGAUACUGAAGAAGUUUGUGCAUAAGCACCAUCCUGUCUACAUGAGAAUAUCUGGCCUUUCAGGGUCCUCUGUGCAACCUUGA